AUGCAUGUGGACUCCCGGAGGUGGUGUCUGCCCGGGUGGCCUCUGCGGGAGUGGUGGGUGUUGUACACAAGCAUCCUGGCGGCGGCCGGAGCCCCGGAUGGCAUGGAGGAACCUGGCAUGGACACGGAGGCCGAGACUGUGGCGACCGAGGCCCCCACGCGGCCCCUGAACUGCGUGGAGGCCGAAGCCGCGGCGGGGGCGGCGGCCGAGGGCUCUUGCGCGGCGCGAGGUAGCCUGCAGCCGGCGCCGGCCCAGCCCCCUGGGGACCCUGCGGCCCAGGCCUCGGUCAGCAACGGCGAGGAUGCGGGCGGCGGCGUGGGCAGGGAGCCGGUGGACUUGAAGAUCAUCUGGAAUAAGACUAAACACGACGUGAAGUUCCCCCUCGAUAGCACAGGCUCCGAACUAAAACAGAAGAGUCACUCGAUUACAGGUCUCCCUCCUGCCAUGCAGAAAGUCAUGUAUAAGGGACUCGUCCCUGAGGAUAAGACGUUGAGAGAAAUAAAAGUGACCAGCGGAGCCAAGAUCAUGGUGGUCGGCUCCGCGAUAAAUGAUGUUUUAGCCGUAAACACACCCAAAGAUGCUGCCCAGCAGGAUGCAAAGGCCGAAGAGAACAAGAAGGAACCACUCUGCAGGCAGAAACAACACAGGAAAGUGUUGGAUAAAGGAAAACCCGAAGAUGUGAUGCCAUCUGUUAAGGGUGCCCAGGAGCGCCUGCCAACGGUACCCUUAUCCAGCAUGUACAACAAAUCCGGAGGCAAAGUGAGACUCACCUUCAAGCUGGAACAAGAUCAGCUGUGGAUCGGCACUAAAGAGCGGCCUGAGAAAUUGCCCACGGGCUCCAUUAAAAAUGUGGCCAGUGAACCUAUCGAAGGACAUGAAGACUACCACAUGAUGGCGUUUCAGUUGGGCUCCACGGAAGCCUCUUACUACUGGGUGUGCUGGGUCCCAACUCAAUAUGUGGACGCAAUCAAAGACACUGUGCUGGGGAAGUGGCAGUAUUUUUGAAAGCACUUUCACCUCUGGCCCAGGAGACUGACCCAAAGUAAAGGACAUUGCUGGGAGAGGCCUGCAGCAUCCCUGGAUUUCAGAGUUCUGGGACUUUGUUCAAAAACAAACAAAAAAACCUAUAGCCACUGUAAGGCGAUGUGGUGACUGAAGCCAGAGGUGAUGUACUUUCACCAUUAGCUUAAUUUUAACUUAAAAUCACCGGUUCCCUUUUCUGGCAGUCAGCUUCAUACCAUUUUUAAAGUCCAUACGGUGGAAAUCAAUAAAUCUGAGUUCCGA